GUGUCCGUUACUACACAUUUAAGAUGGCUCCUUAUUUGAUUAAUAAUAAUAUCAGCGAUGUCCAGACACAAUAUGAUUGUUUGUUGCGCAUUUACUUGUAUUUUCGUGGUUAUACAGCUCUACAUUCAGCUGUAUGUACUUGUUUUCAAAAGUCCAUUUUUGUCUACUGUCGAAAUUUCAAGUCGUUUAAAGAAAAAUGAUAGCCAAAACAAGAUAACAAAGUGUUUUCGCAGUAACAAAUAUGUUUGGAGUGCUUACAACCGAACACAUUCCGAAAGCUGCAAACAAGUAUUUAUUGGUGUAGGUUGCUCUCCUGUUACAUACCAAAGAUUUUCUGGCAGCUUUUGUCAUAUUCAAGGUAAAGCUUAACCAUAUUACACAUUUGUCUUCUCUGCAACGUAUUUCUUUGCUUAGUUUCCUGUUACUAGGUAUUUAAUUGUUGGUUAAGCGUACAGCCAAUGUUAAAAUAUAUCCUUGUCUUUAGUAAUUCACAAAGGUUUUCUAAAGUUUAAGACUCAUCACACAUUUUACGAGGGCAAAUCUUUCGAUUUCGUCGAAUUGUUGGUUGAUCUUUUUCUUCUGUUUCAUUCCGUCCACUCUUUACCCACAUAGAAGAUAUUGAAUGGGAAAAAUCCGAAUUAGUAUUAAAAUCGAAUAGCAAUGGCCCUUUUAAGAUUUUUAAAGUCAGUCACCCACUGGACUUACUUUGGUGUUUAAAAAUUAUCAACAAGUACAGUACCCUUACAAUAUUGAUUUCUAAUGUUAACUUUCCCAAGUUUGAACUCCGUAUGAGACAAUUUUUACUUGGUGUUCAAUGCUACAUAUAUUAUUUUACUCCCUCUCCACCAGUUGUCAGCUUAAGUGCUGUUUAGACUCCUGUGUUUCUUAAUAUUCAGGUAACCUUAGCGAACAACCGUCAUUCGUAGGAUGCUUCCUCAUCCGUCACAGUGACCUUAUCUUCGUUAAAUCAAGUGAAUACAAAUAUGAUAAUGAUUGUCUGAGCAUCUGUCGUUCUCUGGGCAUAACAUAUUCAUGGUUAGGUCCUAGUCAUACAUGCCGGUGUAUGAUGCAGCUACCGAAGGAAUCAAGAAGCAUCCCUCUUUCUCAAUGCAACAUUACUUGUACCAUUGAAGGACACGGUUUUGGUCCUAAUAAUAAUCCAGUUUGUCCUGACCCAGUCCCUGUCCGGGUUUAUGCGACUAAGGCAAGUCUUCCUUGGCAUCCCGUUCCUCGUAAGUUCUAAUAGUUUUACUAUUUUCUGGACUAGCUUAUUAGUGUUUAUUCGAUAAAUAAUUUUCUAUAAGAAAUGUACUUUUUACACAAGUUUAUUUUGUUAUUUGCAUUAUUCAGUCACUUGAUAUCCAAACAAUGAGAUUAGGAUGGAUCGAACAAUGUGUAUUAAUAUUGUAUGUUUAAAGAAGUUAGUUGUAAAAAUAAUGAUACAAACAACAACCUAUGGGUUAUCAAGUUUCCCUUUAGAACACUUAGAUAAACUUAUUUCUUAGUUUCAAAAUAAUUUCAAGGUUUCUCCCGGAUUUUUAUCUCACAUAUUCCAGUAUUCAUCAUUACUUGACUUUCAAAUAUCGGAUUACUUAUUCGAACACUGUUCUACCUACCUUGGUCUGGGCGUUCUGGUUGCGUCACUGGCUUACAAAAAACAUAUAACCGAAAGUUUCUCUUAAGUCUGGUCUUACCGACCUAGUAUCUUCGAAACCAGUAAGAAUAGUCUAUCUACUUGUCUGGAAUGGAAGGAGUUGGCCCCAUAUCCGUCGAAUGUUUGAGCUAAUAUACAACGCUCGACAUUAUUAUUACAUUCAUGUGGAUGCGCGAUGUGGUUAUCUGUACACAAUGGUUAAAUCUUUUAUUGGAAAUUACCCGUCAAAUGUCUACCUAACAUCUCGCUUUUCGCCAAUAUGGGGUGGACAAAGUCUACUUGAUAUGUUCUUGUCAUCAUUAAAAGAUAUAUCCCUAAAUAUGAGUAGUUGGGAAUGGGACUUUGUGAUCAAUUUGAGUGAAAGCGAUUUGCCCAUCAGACCUAAUCAUGAACUGGUAACGUAUUUAAGUCACAAUCGGGAUAAAAUUUUUCUACGCUCAUUCAGUCAUACCGGGCAAAGUUUCCUAAGAAACCAAGGUUUCGAUCAGUUAUUCCUCGAAUGUGAUUCAUAUGUAUGGCACCUAGGUGAACGAUCGAUCCCAUCUGGAAUUAUUUUAGAUGGUGGUUCUGACUGGAUGAUACUGCCUAAAAUAUUUGUGGAUUAUGUUAUUUACAGUGAUUCUAAUUUAUUACGCGAUAUCAUGGAAUACUUCCGCUAUAGUUUGCUACCAGUCGAGAGCUUUUUUCAUACUGUUGCACAAAACACUCACUUUUGCACCUCAGUUAUCAAUCAUUAUCUGCGGUUUAUCAAUUGGAAAAGGCCACAAGGUUGUGGCUGUAAAUAUGGCAGUAUGGUUGAUUGGUGUGGUUGUUCUCCACUUACAUUGAACGGACCAAAAGAUGCAGAACUUUUAUGUGAACUAACCGGGAAAUGUUUAAAGCCAGAUUACAGAUUACAGCCAUUAUUUUUCGCUCGUAAAUUUGACUCAACUAUUGAUCUGGGGAUAAUAAAUUUUGUUGUACAUAAAUUGUUAGGGCGUUACGAUUUAACAGUUAACCUACGUAAUGACAACUACUAUUUGGAAAAUAUCUACUCAAAAGAGGAGGAUUCAUUAGUAGAUAAUGCACAUCAACAGGCAUUGUAUUUAGCUUUGAAGUGUUUAUCAAAGAAACUAAUGUAUCAACUUUUACGAAGUUAUAACUACAAUCCUAAUUUGCUGUAUAUAAAAUCAUCGUUGUUGAAUAGUUUUGCGUUGUUCAAUGCAACAGGUUGGGAAGAAUUCGAUCAUAUUCCAUCGAAUGAGCUAUUAAAUAUGUGGGUUAAUAAAAGGAACAUUGUACCUCCAUUAGUAAUACAAGUUCGGUUGACAGAAUUUACAAAUUUGAGUAUCAUUAACGAUAGAAACCACUUUAUCUUAGAAUUCUUGGUACAUCCACCGUCACUUAGUUUCACUACUGUAGAUACCAUUAAUAAUUUAUUACCCGGUGAUAUUGGGUUUCUAGAAAUCAGUUCAAAUUUCGAUGUCAAAGAACAAAUAUUUCGCAAUUAUCCACGUUUUUUAACAUUACAAGAAACCCUAACUAUUUUAGUUUUAUGGAAAGGGAAUUCCAAUCAUAAAAUAUACAAAACUUCAGUUGUAUUCACUUUAAUCAAUCCCUUAGGCAUACCUUGUUUGAAACAACUCAAAUUACCACUUGUACAAAAUGAGCAUACUGUUCGGUCAUUGGCUAUGCCAGAACUAUAUAUCACUACGAGUCUAUUUAAAAACACAAUUUUAACGAAUUGUGUACAAAAGGAUGUUAAUAUUGUUCCUGGUGAAUGGACCAUCAUUGCCGUUGCUUCAAGUGGACAGAUUAGUCGUGCCAAAUUCGUUCUAUUCGACCCAUUGAAGCUUAGCCAGUCAUUAAGACUUCCUCACAAAUUGUUGGCAGACAAGAAAUUGUUCGAUUCAGAGUCUUGGAAUUCUGUUCAAGUGACUGACUUUUGUAUAAUCCAACAGUUGACUAAAGGGAAAUUGAAUUCGCUGUAUACUAACAAGAUUAACAAUAUUAACUUUCGCAUUUUUAACGGUUUUUUAAAUGAUUUUCAUCGGAAUUGUACUACUGUUCAGUGGAGUUCCUUUUUUAAAUAUUCUCAUUUGUAAUCCUUUUUUAUUCGCGAACUUUUGACCAGUUCCGCUUCCCUCUUUGUAAAUAUUCACAGUUUAGCUUUAAUUAUAUCCACUUUCUUAAAGU